AUUGACUAAACAAACUGCAUUUGUUGAGAGUCCAUCACUCAAAAGUCAUCCAAAAAACACAGACUAAAUAAACAAACAGUCUGCACUUUGUCAAAGAUGUGUCUUUCUCCCAAAUUACUUGAAGAGUCGUUGCCCUUUCUGCCCAAAAAUAAAGGAAAUUAAAACCGAAGAAUUCCCAUUUCCAGUCGCAAUCGGUCCACGAGGAGUUUAUUUUUGUUCCAGGCGCGAAGUUUUCGGUUUCUCUGGGAAUCUUCAUUUGGGUUAUAUUUAGUCAACUUCCCGGGGCUCCAGAGCUAUAAAGAAAGGCUUUCAGAUCGUUUCGCUAAACUUGAAACAAUCAAUAGUUAAAUAAUACUCUAAUAUCUCAACUUCUAAAACAGGAAGUUAAUGUAACAAAAAUUCAGCUUUCAAAUUGGCAAAGCUAUGUGGCAAAGAUGGUGUAUUGGUAUAGGGUAUUGAACAUUAAGAUUCAUGUAAAAUCAGCCAACUGGCUGGACUAAGUGAAUUUUAAUUGAAAAGUCGCGGUACCUGGUCCGCCCCCAAAAAUUAAGCAAUCAAGGAAACCAAUUAGGGCAGUCCUAUAUAAAGUAGCUCCCAAAUCGGACUGUAUCAAUCCGAACUGGGACUUGGGCAAUGGACUACGAUCGAAUUCGACCGGUGCGCUACUUGACGGGUAUACUGAAGUGGUGGCGACUCUGGCCAAGGAAGGAAUCGGUAUCCAGGCCGAACUGGACCAACUGGCAGGGAUAUGCGUUGCACGUGCCAUUCACCUGGUUGUUUGUGGUGCUGCUGUGGGUGGAGGCCAUCAGAAGCAGGGACAUACAGCAUACCGCGGAUGUCCUUUUGAUCUGCCUAACCACAACUGCGUUGGGCGGUAAAAUGAUCAACAACUGGAAGUACGCCCAUGUGGCCCAAUGCAUUCUGACCGAAUGGAGCACGUGUGAUCUCUUCGAGCUGAGAAGCCAACAGGAAGUGGAUAUGUGGCGAUUCGAGCAUCGACGUUUCAGCCGGGUUUUCAUGUUCUAUUGCCUGUGCAGUGCUGGCGUAAUUCCAUUCAUUGUGAUUCAGCCGUUGUUCGAUAUCCCCAAUCAAUUGCCCUUCUGGAUGUGGACACCAUUCGACUGGCGGCAGCCGGCGCUCUUUUGGUAUCCAUUCAUCUACCAGGCCAUAACCAUUCCGGUUACCUGUAUGUGCAACAUCACCAUGGACGCCGUUAACUGGUACAUGAUGCUGCAUCUGUCCCUGUGCCUGCGAAUGCUGGGCCAGCGAUUGGGUAAGCUUCAGCAUGAUGACAGGGAUCUGAGGGAGACGUUCCUGGAGCUGGUCCAACUGCACCGCAGACUCAAGCAACAGGCCUUGGGCAUUGAGUGCUUUAUUUCGAAGAGCACGUUCACCCAAAUCCUGGUCAGCUCCCUAAUCAUUUGCUUCACUAUUUACAGCAUGCAGAUGGUAAGCGUCUGCAGUUUAGGCUUUCCAAUCGGCUAUAACUCUGUUAACCCCUGUUUAGAGUCCCGUCCUGCAGGACUUGCCAGGUUUUGCAGCCAUGAUGAACUACUUAUUGGCCAUGAUCAUGCAAAUCAUGCUGCCCACCAUAUAUGGCAACGCGGUCAUCGAUUCUGCAAAUAUGCUGACCGAUUCCAUGUACAAUUCCGACUGGCCGGAUAUGAAUUCCCGAAUGCGUCGCCUAGUUUUGAUGUUUAUGGUGUACUUAAAUCGACCAGUGUCCUUAAAAGCCGGUGGCUUUUUCCAUAUUGGUUUACCUUUGUUCACUAAGACCAUGAAUCAAGCAUACAGCUUGCUGGCCUUACUGCUCAACAUGAACCAAUAGAGACGAAGUUGUGUCCUAUAAAAUACUCUGCAUUCUAUUUUGGAUUAGCCCAAAGUUUUCGCAGCUCGUUUGGAGAUUUAUUGCCGCGCGUCUUGUUAUGCAAAGUUCUAAAAAUAUAUUGUAGCAUUGCACGAAAUACACGUUUUCCUAUAUAUACUGUAUGUUGAGUGCACAUGAAAUGUAGAAAUGCAAGUGACGAAAAUAAAUUCGAAUUUGGACGUGCUCAAAAAUUUGCGGGAAAAGCUUUAGCUCUGGUACUACUUAUUACCAAAUAAACAAAGGGGAUCGAAAAACACACUUCAGUGCCUUGUAAUAAUAUAAACAUAAUUUCUUUGAAUUAUGUUUAUG